AUGCUUUUAAAUGAUCCACCAUCAUAUAGCAAGCCGUCUACUUUUGAAUUGAAGAGGGCAAUAAGUUAUUCUUCAAUUCAAUCACCAAAUAAUUAUGAAAAUGAUGAAGGAAGUGUUUUUGUGGAGAAUGAAAAUGUAUUCGAAAGUCAACCGAGGAUACUAUUUGAGGAUGAAAGGAUAGAAGAUCAAUUACCAGCAGGUAUAGAGGAAAUUCGGGACGAAACCAAUCAUGUUGAUGAUUUGGCUCGUUCACUAUCAAAAAAACAAAUCAAUUGUUGUUCGAAACGUUUCGGAUUAAUUCCAUUACUUGCCACCAUGGCCAUGUUCAUCAAUAUUUUGUUUCUACUCAUCAUUGCCCUCGCCAUCAUUGUCCCAUCACGAAUAGCCGAAUUUGUUCCCAUUAAGGAACUACUCAUUAGUCGAUAUUCAGUUAAAUCUUCUUUCGUCUAUUUACGAGACAUGUUAGAAUUGAGUGCUCUUAAUAAUAGUUUGGAAACGAUUAAUUAUUCAGAUUUUUGUGAUAUGCUUAAUUAUACACUGCUUGAUUAUAAUCAAUCGGUUUUUAAAAUGAUUUCCUUAAUACCUGACAGUUAUGAACAUUCGUUUAUGGGAAAUUCGAAUGGUGAGGAAGUGUUUCUGCCACUUUAUCAGAAUUGGACAGAAAUGAUUGGGUUGUUUUGUAAGCUGAGUAAUUAUACUUCAAAUUAUACGAAAUUGGAUGAAUUUUAUCAACAAUUUAAUGUUUACAAUGUCAAAUAUUAUAAUGGAACAUUUAAAUAUGAAAUGGAACUAUUCGAAACAAAGUUUUUUGAGAUAUUGGAGGAUAUUUACUUGUUGUGCAAUAGAAUUGAUGAGUUUACCAUAGCGAGUGGAAUUUCAGUGUUGGUCUUGUCGUGUCUGGCUUGUGUGAUUGUUAUUCCUGUUGGAAUAUUAGUUUAUUUAAUGUUGGGACGAAAGUUGAUACGAAAUGAGAAGAAAGUUAGGAUUGAGAGUACUAAUAUAUUGAAGGAUACGAUGGCUGAUAUUGGAAUGCGAGAUGAAUUUAAAACAUUUUGUAAAAAGGCAAAGGUUGGAAUUCCAUUUUCAAUUUUGGAAAGAAUUCAAUAUUUUAAAGAAUUUUGUAAAGAUUCAAUAGAUUGUCAGCUCAAAUUAUAUGAAAUUACAAAGGAGUUUGUAGCGGAAAAGUCUUUGGCUAAAGGAGCAGACAUUUAUAUUCAGCAAGUUUCGAAUGAACUUGAAAAGAAACUUUCCCAUCUAGAACGAAUCAAAUACGAAAUCAUUUUUGAAAUUCAUGAUUCCAUUCAAUCAGAAUCUGUUUAUCUUGGUAGUAUGGAAUGGAUUAUCCACCAAAUCGAUCUCUAUAACAAUAGACAAGGCUCAUACGAAACUGUGGACAUUCUCCAUUCAAAAAUUUUGGAUAAUCUCGAAAAGGAAAUAUCGGAUAUUCUUUCUCUAACUCAUUUUCAAUUCAAAUCAACACUUGCUUUGAAUAUGAACACUACUUCUCCAAAUUCUCCUCAAUCUCCAACAAGUGAUCUUCCUUUCAUUUAA